UGGGACCGGGGUACUGCGCGUCGGACAGCAGAAGCUGGAUAAAGCGCACCGGCUCUGCGCAUGUAUUUGCAAAUUUUUCUUCAAAGUGUUGAAUUCCGCCGCGCCUCUUAUCGGAUGCUGGAUGCAGCACCUUUCCGUGUCAAGAAUACAUGUCUGACGGACAAACCAUGGACAGUCUAGGCAGCCGUUGUAAGAUUGUGGUGGUCGGGGACACGCAAUGUGGGAAAACUGCGCUCCUGCACGUUUUUGCCAAGGACUGCUAUCCAGAGAACUAUGUGCCCACAGUGUUUGAAAACUACACAGCCAGUUUUGAAAUAGACAAGCACCGGAUUGAACUGAAUAUGUGGGACACGUCAGGUUCUUCUUAUUACGAUAAUGUGAGGCCGUUGGCAUAUCCUGAUUCAGAUGCAGUUCUUAUCUGCUUCGAUAUCAGCCGUCCAGAGACUUUGGACAGUGUCAUAAAGAAGUGGCAAGGAGAGACGCAAGAAUUUUGUCCAAAUGCCAAGGUGGUGCUGGUGGGCUGUAAGCUGGACAUGAGGACAGAUGUCAACACCCUGAGGGAACUCUCCAAGCAGCGCCUCAUCCCUGUCACCCACGAGCAGGGCAGCGCGAUAGCUCGCCAGAUGGGGGCGGUGGCCUAUGUAGAGUGCACCUCCAAGGUUUCUGAAAACAGUGUUCGGGAUGUGUUCCACAUCACCACCUUGGCGUCAGUGCGACGGCCGCACAAGCCGCAGCUAAAACGCAGCAGUUCCCGCAGAGGCCUGAAGCGAGUCUCACAACUGCCCCUUCCACCUCUGCCGGGUCGGACUGAGCAAAUGGACCAGGCACCAGCCAUGAGAAAGGACCGGGCCAAGAGCUGUGUGCUCAUGUAGAGA